UUGACAUCGAAGAAGCACCAGGCGAGCGAUGGUGUAGACGCAUCAAAUGCUCUUAUUCCGCAUUUGCUCAUAGUAUCUAUUGCACUUCUCCUGCAAGUAUGCUUCAAUUCGCACGCACAUCUACCCAAAUACCCUUAUCAGAUUUCCCCGUCAGCCUCGCACGCCACACUUGGUGAAUUCGGAAUCUCGAGUCCCAUGUUGACAAAUUCGCCCAGGGAGCGUAGGACAUUCAAAAUCUGACCUUGCCCCAAAUCCUCACUUUUAGGCGUUGUAUCUGUUCAACUUGAGGGCACAACAGACAACAUGGCUGCUCUCCAUGAUGCCUUGAAAACCCUGGGGCCCAUAGACUUCGACGAUGCCCCUCUCGACGACCUGAAGCCGUUCCUAUCCAAUGCCUUCAGCAAAGCACAACUCAUAGUCGACUCUGUACCAAUUCCUGCCCCACCCGAAGAAUCCGACCUUGACGGACGAUCGCGCGCGAGCUCGACGGCAUCAUCUGCCUCGGAAAUAUCCAUUUCGUCAGCACGUUCAGCGCCGCCUCCGUCGGAUGUGGAGGCUUUGCAGAAGGAAUGGAAGAACGUGAAGAUGAAUCCAAAGGAGAAUCCAUUGGGGAUGAGUGUAUACAAGUUAGGCGGGAAGGAUGGAAGAGGGUCGUGGUUUGCGAGGCGGAGUGUACAUGAGGGGCUGGGGUUCACAAAGUGGAAAAAGGCGUUAGAAAGAGAAUUCCCGGAAACAAUGAAGGUUCGGGGUGGGCCAGGUGAAGGAAAUAUCAGGGGAAUUGGUGGGGAACAGAGGGUGGCAUACAAGAAUAUUGACGGCGUGGGAAAGAUGGAAGUAUAUCUUCUUUCUGCACAAUUCCCAGGACCUACUACCCCGAGAGACUUCGUAACGAUGUUUCUCACGUCAGAUCAGGCAUUGUCGGAUUUAUCUGGAGGAGAGCAUGAGGUUCCUCGACAUUUCAUGGUAAUCUCGCGGCCCUGUAAUCAUCCGGAUACUCAAUCAAGAGAUGGUUUCAUCCGAGGCAAUUAUGAAUCAGUUGAAUUCAUAAGGGAGGUUCCCUUGAAGAAGGGUUUUCGAAAAUCAGCCUCCACUACAAAUCUCCCCGCACAGAGAAACCGGUCCGCAUCAACAUUAGGCAGGGAAGCAAUAUUGCGGAAUGCCACAAAAAACCAUUCGCCUCCAACCACCGAAAAUAUCUUAGGAACUUCAGAUAAAGGAGCAGCAGCAGCGUCGGAGACAGACCUAUCUCCACAUGUGACUAGAGCCAGAGGGAAAACGAUAUCCUAUGAUAUGUUUAAGAGCCCCGACGCCAAACGCAAGAGUCUUGACGAUCCUCAACAAGAUGACGAAAGCGAAUGCAACCCGGUCGAGUGGAUAAUGAUUACUCGAAGCGACCCAGGAGGCAGCGUUCCGCGAUUCAUGGUUGAACGAGGGACGCCCGGUGGCAUUGUAGCAGAUGCUAGCAAAUUCCUCAAUUGGGCAUGUGGAAAGGAUCUUGAGGAUUUGGAAAGUGACGACGAGAGUGUGGGAGAUGAUGACCAGGGCGAGGGGGCAGAGAAGCACGAACAUAAACCCCGCCAUAAGUACACACAAGACUUGCAUAACUAUCAGACAAACGGCCAUCUAGCAGGAAUCGAGGAGAAACCAAUCCGCACAGAAGAACACCCGGAUCCUGUUGUCAACCACCCAAACGGAGGCGGCAUAUAUGAAAUUGCCGCUGGGAUAGCAGGUGCGGCAGGCGGAUACAUCGUCUCACACACUCCAGCCAUAAUAUCCGAUCACUUACCCGGACAUCCCACCGAGGCAACAAAUGGAAGCUCUCCACGCCGCGACUCUGUUUCUUCCAUAAGCAGCGCUUCAUCGGCUGGGAGCUUCGCUUCAGCGUUGGAAAAUGUUGAAGGCGAGAAGGGCGACGAUAACGAUGGAUCUUCAAUGAAGACCACAACGUCAUCUGCACAGUCAAAAGCCAUUACUCAACAAGACAAAGAGCUUCAAAAGCUUGAGGAGAGGAAGCGGAAAUUGGAUGAAAAGUUGAGCAAAGCUCGCGAAAAGGAGAUCAGCAAAAAGAACGAGGAUACUGCGAAAGAGGAAGAGGCUAUUCGAAAGGCAGAGGAGAAACAUAUGAGAGAGGUGAAGAGGCAGGAAGAGAAGUACAAAAAAGAAGUUGAGAAGUUAGAAAAAAAGAAGGAGAGGGAACAGCAAAAGGCGGAGGAACGGAGGCGCAAGGAAACUGAGAAAGAUGAAAAGACGAAGUUAUUGCGGGAGCUGGAAGAGCUGAGAGCCGAAGUUGGCGUGCUGAGGAAGGAGAAAGAUAUUAUCAGGGGCCAGGUUGGUGAUCUCCAAGCUGAGAACACCGCCCUCGCCGCAAAAAUAGGGAAGUUGGGGAUUCAGGGAGAGCAGGUUCUGAUGGACGUGCGUGCGGAGGUGGGCAGAACAGGGAGGCUAAGGGCCAGCAGUCUGAAAGGGCUUUCGAGGACAACGAGCUACAGGAGUGGUGGGAAUGGAGAGAAAGAGAAAGAGAACGUGCCCUUAGCGCAGUCUUGAAGUUCGGUUUUAAUUUUGGGAAUGCAUAGCUUGGGCAAGGUUCUUUUCAUUUGAUGGCGUAGAUGAUGUUACGGAAGCUAGAGCAGCAAUAGUUAAUGUUCAGAUGGAAUAUCUUUUUACCGGUUGAGCUCGCUUCUAGCCUUCAACUGGGGAUUGUCGACUCCAAAUUCGGACCCGCUAGCUUCUGACUUCCGAACCCCUGAACGGAAGCGAAAUUCAUGGCACCUCUCUAGCUGUUACCCCCCGUUCGUCAAUACGAGCGAUUGAUUAAUCGGUCCUAAGCGAGGAGCCCGAUUUUAAAAUAAUAUAUAAAUUUCUAAUAAAGGAUAAAGG